CUCAAGCUCGAGAGCACACCACCACCACACGGCGACAAGAUGCGCGCGCAAUCGCUGCCCCUCGCCCUCGCGCUCGCCCUCGUCGCCCUCUCGCCGCCGUCGACCUGCACCGCCUCGUCGACGACAACGACCCGCGCCGUCACCGCCUCGCCCUCGCCCUCGCCUCGCUGGGUCCGCCCGCCCUUUGUCCCGCCUGCAAACUAUCGCAUGCCCCGCGUCAAGCGCCAGGACCCGGCCGCGAGCGGCGGCGACACGCCCGCCUCGAGCGACGUCGACGCCCCGGGGGCAGGCACGGGCGACGGCGCGGCGGCCACCAACACGACCCAGGCCGCCGCCGAGACGACCACGACCACCCAGGCCCCGGUACAGACGACCACGACCACCCAGGCGCCGCCGGUCGACUCGACCACGACGGCUGCUCCGGUUCCGACGACCACCACGACCGACGCGCAGCAGGCCACCACGGCGCCGACGACCACGUCCCAGCCUCCAGCGUCUACGAGCGCCGCCGACUCACCCGCGACUUCAGCAUCCACUGCACCCGCGACUUCCCCAGAUGCGCAACCUCCAGCGUCGUCGGCGACCAGCGCGACCGGAACGCAGCCGACCGACGCCCAGUCGUCGGCGCCAACGGCCACUUCUGCUUCUUCGGCAGCGUCUCAAGCCUCCAGCAGCGUCACCCUGAGCGAGGUCACGUCAACCUUUACUUCGACUUUCACCAACGCCGACGGCUCGGUCGGCACGUCGACCGGGACCCAGGUCACGCAGUCGGCCGUCCCCGUCAAGAACGACUCGUCGUCGUCGUCGACGGGCAAGACGUGGGCAUCAUUGGCGGCGUCGUCGGCGGCAUCGUCGUCGUCGUUGGCGUCGUCUUGCUCGUCUGGACCCUCACGAGGCGCCGGUUCUCGAGCCUCGACAACGACGACGUCGACGAGUUCAAGUGGCCCGACCUGAAACCCGACGGCCAGCUCCUGUCGACCAGCACGUCGACGCUCAAGCCGCAGGAGACGCACGCGCGCGGCACGCACGGCAUCGGCGACGACGGCGAGUUUGGCAGUGAGUACGGCGGUGGACACGUGGCGGGCGACAUUCGCUCGUCGGGCGCGCUGUACGCUCCGGCGGACGACGGCGCCGGCGCCGGCGCGUACGACUCGGGGCGGUUCAGCGCCGGCGCCGGCGGGUACGGCGACCCGUACGGCUCGGCGUCGGCUGCGGCCUCGCGCGAGGCGCUCGCCAUGAUGGACGGCGGCGCGGCGGCCUACUCGCGUGGCUACGACCCGUACCCGGGCGGGCCCAUCCACUCGCCGCCGCCGCCGCAGCUGCAGCACCCGGGCAUGGUGUACCCCCCGAGCCCGCCGCAGUACCGCUCGCCGGGCAGCAGCCCGUACCACGUCCAGGACGGGUUCGCCCCCUUUGGCGGCGACGACGAGCACCUCGGCGGCGCGAGCGCGACGGGCCCGCAGGGCGCGCCUGGUGCGGCGGGCGCCGUGCGCGCCGCCGCCGCGCAGAGCCCGUUCGGCGCCGCCGACGACUUUGACAAGCCGUACCUCGCCGCUGCGGCGCGCAGCGAGAGCCCGUUCGACGUGCCGGGCUUCUCGUCGGCGCGCUCGAGCGUGCUGUACGACGACGGCGGCGACGAGAAGGGUGCUAGCGGGCGCAGCUCUCGCGGCCCGUUCUGAGCUCUCCCUCCCCCUCUCUCUCGCUUAAUAGACCUUUGUGCACCUCCCUUCCUUCUGUGACGAGCCCCCUCUGUACGACCCACCAUGACGACCUUCCCCCUCCCUCGUUUUGCCGGCCCACCUUGUCGUUCCUCCCUUCUUUCGUACCCUCUCCCACGCAUAGCUUCCUCCCUCUCUUGCUCUACUGCAACAUAGACAGUCUCGCACCAUC